AUUUAUUUAUUUAUUUUUUAACGUAAAGUACACCAAAUAUCUCAUUGGUGUCCUCUGUUUGCUCAGUUAAUGAGUGCGUGUCUGCCAGUGCACAAGUGUCUCAGUGAGUGCGUAUAGCAUCAAGGCGGUUUGUAAUCGGCAGACAUCGCUCCAUCGGAAUCAUCCAUUAGCGGAGAAAAAAGAAAAAAAAAUUAAGGACAUCAUAUCCCGUUCAACAGUUUGCAUUAUCUCCCGUUGUAAUGCUAUAGCUGCAGCCGGCCAGCGUAUUUUUGUUUUAUUAUUAUUUUUUUUUAAUAUUUUGUUACGUGUGCGCGCGCGCGUCCAACUUAUCACCGCUGCCGUCUGUUCGCCGCGCAACGCCGAUCCCGACUCGACUGCAUCAAAGAGAUCCAACGGAAGAAAAAUAGAAGGAGCGCGGGAGAUUGCGUCCCUUCGUCGUUCCUAACUCCCCACCCUCACCGAUUGGCCCUGUUGACCGCCAGGGAGCGUGAGUGCUGAUUGUGUGUGUGUGUGUGUGUGUGUACGCGUGUAUGCUUAUGUGCAGUGCCGUAUAGCAAAAGCGGGAGUGUGUGAGUGUGUACGCGUAUGUGUAUACUAGUUGGAUGGGGAGGGGAGGGCGGCUGAGCAUUCCGUCAGUCAUUUCAUUCUACGGUAGUCAUCGCCCAAGUCAGUCCGUCUGUUCUGGCCCGUGCUUUGGGGUCCACUCUCGUUUCACGCUGCGGUGACGACGGCGGCAGCCAGUAAAAAAAAAAGGGCCAGCCUUUUGUUGGGAUCACGGAACGAAAAACUGGGGCCCGAAGGUGGCGCGGCGCAGGCAUCCUGAACUCCUUGGCUACCGAUCAAUACAGUUGAAGAGUGGAAGAAGGAAGUAAUAGACGAAGUACAAGAAAAAAAGAAGAAGAAAAAAAAAAGAAGGAAACAAGGAAGGAAUAGACGCUGAGUUCGCUACAGUCACGGACCCCCCGAUAGAGAGAGAUGCACAUACAAAAGGCAACAACAAACGAAACAAACAAAAUAAAACGAAUGAGUGAAGGCUGAGAGUAGAGACAAAAAGGAUAAGAGACACUCUAGGAAAAGAGGGAAAGAACAAAAACAAAAAAUAUCACCGCCAUUCCCUUUGUAAAGACAGGAAAAAUAAAACGGGGAAAGGCACACAACAUACCAGCGUGAGCUGUACACGUUGCGUGGAAUGGCAUAGCGUCUGGAACGGGAACAAAUCGACGCCAUCCAAAUUUCAUUUUAUUUGUUUGUCCUCACCUGGAUCCUGAAAAAGUAGAGAAUAAACGCAAAUACUCGAAGAAAUCAAGAAGAAAUGAAAAAUUAAUAUCAAUUCUUUCCGUCAUCAUUCCUCGUGCACCGAUAGCAGCGCCUUCAUCUCUACUGACGGGAAGUGUGAAUUCAAAGACAUCGAGACAAAACGUAACAAAUCCAAGAGCUGGAAAAGAGGCAUAACGUGAAUGAGGGCCAGUUCUCGUGCACGGCUACUUCGUGUUGUGUUGUGUCUGUGAGGCCGUGUGUGUGGUGUAUAUGUGCGUGUGUAUUGCUGUGUGUCGACCCUUCCCACUUCGACUGGGGAGUUCUAUAUCGGGCGUGUUGUUACACACACACACACAGAACAUCGUCCUGCUUAACCGCGACCACUGCCGACGCCAAAACUCUUUGUAUGACUGGAGAGGAAAAAACCGCAGUUGGCAAGGCCACGCCGGACUACCACGAGUCCCAACAAACUGCAAAACAGGAUCGGCGAGAGGAGACGUCGCCGUGGAACAUGGCGUCCAAGACGGAAGCCUUCGCCACCGGUGAAAGUUACGGGGAAUGUUUAGCCUCGACAACAACAACAACAAUGAGCAGUGCGGAACAAGUCACAGUGACAAGUACAAAAACAAUGGGAGCAAUGGACACGCCAGACUUGGCGGCCGUUUCGUCAGCAACGCAGCCAACGCCUUCAUCACCGUCGACGACAGUAUCGACCAUAGCGGGUGGUCACGUCACUUCGUCGGUCACGCAAGCAACGCCGCUGGUCACCAGUGGCAGCGACAACAGCUUCGACGGAUCGAAGACGGUCAGUGCUCCGCAACAGGAUCUGCCGUGCGCGAAAUCCUCGCCCAAGAAAGCCAUCAACGAAUUGUCGCCGAAAUCAGGCGGGACCAAUCAGAACAGCAGCGGGAGCCGGGGUAGUAGCAAAGCGAUGAGGAAUAACGCCAGCAGCGCAGGCAGCAAAGAAACGCUAAAACAGCGAAAGUCAACGGAAGGGAGUACCGGAUCCAAUCCCAUUCAUCAUAUAGCGGCAUCCGGUAGCCCGGCUCGUCAUGGGACAAGCGAAGGCGGAAGUGCGGGCGCAACGACGGCCACCGAAACUGGCCGGAGAACGUCAACCGGCGCGACCAACAACAGCAGUAGUAGGAACACGACCAAGCCGUGCUGUUUCUGCUGGUGUUGCUGCUAUCGAUGCACAUGCCUAUCAUCGAGGAAUCAAGAGGAGGAGCUGAGUAAAUCCAAAGACAUCACCAGUCGAGACUCGUGGAGCAACGAUCCAGAAGUGACGCCGAGCGUGGAAGAGAUCCGUUGCUGGGGCGAUUCGUUCGACAGGCUGAUGAAGAGCCCCAUGGGUCGGGCCGUCUUCCGCGAGUUCCUCAAGUGCGAGUACAGCGAGGAGAACAUCCUCUUCUGGCUGGCCUGCGAAGACCUCAAGAAGGACAACAACCCCGAAGUGGUUGAAGAGAAGGCCAGACUUAUCUACGAAGACUACAUCUCCAUCCUAUCGCCAAAAGAGGUCAGCCUGGACUCUCGGGUGCGCGAAAUCGUCAACCGCAACAUGGUGGACCCGACGCCGCACACAUUCGACGAGGCCCAGUUGCAGAUCUACACGUUGAUGCACCGCGACUCGUACCCGCGCUUCGUCAAUUCCGCCUACUACAAGAAGCUGGCCCAGUUGAGCAGCACCAGCCGGAAGGAGAGCUCCGCUUGAAGGGCCGCCAAUGGGGGAGGUCGAUUAACGAGAUUUGAAGGAAACACGUAAAAGAAUUUCUGACGAUAAAAAAGACCAACCAACUGCAACCCCAUACAGACAAACAUGCACACGCUGGGAAAAAAAAAAUGCAAACCACACAAGAGAAAAAAAAAAGAAAGAAAAACGAUAAAAAUUUAUUAUAGACGAGAGGGGAAAAGCCGAAAGUCGUACGAACAUCAAAGGCCAAAGAGAAACGAAGGGCUGGUCGGUUGGCGAACGGAAAAGGACGUCAAGUAUGAAAGAUAUACCGCGUAGCAAAACAUGGACGAAUGAUCAAGCAGCGAAAGUCUAUCUGCCUGUCCGCCGAAAGUAGGAUGAAGAAAUAGGCCAAGUUUGUUCAUCCUCCUCUUCUAGACGACGGCCGUGGCGGCGGUCGGGACGAUCGACUGCUGCCGACGCCCACGCCACAUUAAGUUGAUUUAUUAUAAGGAGGACGAUGAGGGGGCCAGAAGAAGGAGGAAAUGAUGUAGAAAGGAGGGGGGGGGGGAGAGGAGGUGGUUGCAAGAAAGAGUUCAUCAUGCCUAGGUUGGCGAGUUGCCCGGCAGGCUAUCGAAGAGGAUGGCGCGUGCGCACGCGUGGCAAAAUGCGAGGCAAGGCAAUCGUCCAAAACGAAAAUCUCCCUCUACUCUUUUAACAGGCAGCGAUUUUUUUUCCACCUCCUCCCUUUCGUGACGUCGCCAAUAAACCGUUGUCGUCGCCUUCUUAUUCCUUUGCCUAUUGGAGUAGUAAAUCCUCCUCUCGUCCUUAUUCAUCUCUCUCCUCGCUGGCGCACCAUUUUCAAACGAAAUCGAAAUCAAAGAGCACAAAAAAAAAAAACAUAUAGGACGCUAUUGGGAUCGAACGGAGAUGGGUCGAUUGCUUCCUAGAUACAAUUUUUUUUUCUCCCUCUUGCUAUGGUCUUAAGAUGAGAAAGCAGAUUUUGGUGUGGAAAUUAAAAAGAAAAACUAAAAGGAAAGAAAAAAAAAAGCUGGUGCACAAAUAUUUUCUUCCUUUGUUCUCUACUGUUUUCUGGCUCAUUUUCUUCUUCUCUCUUCUCCCUUACGCUCUCAGACUCGCUGUAUUU